AUGUCUAGCUUCAAGGUCUCUUUCACCAACGACACGGAUGAACAGCGUGUCUUCGAUGCCUUCAAUGAGCAUGCCAGUCAGAAGCGCAUUGAGACCAAGCAACGCGUCCUCAAUAGCAUUCGAAAGCAGUACCCUCAGUACCACGUCACUGUUGUAGAUCAAGGAAGCUGCUCGCUCUUAGAGUUUGCGGCUGCGGGGAAGGCCAAAUCUUCGCACGAGGCCGAUGACGAGACGUUCAAUGCUACGAGGCAGUGGCAUCCAGUGGGAACUGGAAUCGAGAAGAAAACGCACCCAGGCCGGCUGCAAGAUGAGUUCCACUUUGCGAGGUUCUCCUACGAAUGGGAAGACAAGAAGUUUCUCCUUUUCCAACUCAUCUACCAAGACCCCUUCCAACCACAAACUCGCUGCUUCUACAUCCUGCACGCGCGCACCACCGACGGCGAUGCCAACGUUCAAGAAGGCCACUGCGCCGAGACCGAUGCCCUCGCCCUCGCAGCCGGCAAAUGGACGUCACUCCUCCACGAAGAGAUCUGGGUCUUCGACAACGGCUACUGGGAGAAAUCAAAGGAGCUCUGGAAAGCCGUCGAGGGAUCCUCCUGGGAAGAUGUGAUACUCGACCCGGACAUGAAAACAGGCCUCAUCCAAGACGUGCAAGGUUUCUUCGACAACCAGGAGCUCUACGCACAGUACGCCGUCCCCUGGAAGCGCGGCAUCAUCCUCCACGGCGUGCCAGGCAACGGAAAAACAGUUUCCAUCAAGGCACUUAUCAACAGCCUCUAUGCGCGCCCCGACCAGGUCUCAAGCUUGUACGUCAAGAGCUUCGAAACAAAGUGCAAUACGGAACAGUACUCCAUCCGGCAGAUCUUCCAACAAGCACGUCGCUGCGCGCCCUGCCUGCUUAUCUUCGAGGAUCUUGACUCUCUUGUUGAUGACAACAUUCGCUCGUACUUCCUCAAUGAGGUUGACGGGCUGGAGUCAAACGAUGGGAUUUUGAUGAUCGGGUCUACGAACCACCUCGACAAGCUCGACCCCGCCAUCGCGAAGCGUCCCUCCCGCUUCGACCGCAAGUACCACUUCAAGCUCCCGGGCGAGAAAGAGCGCACACUGUACGCAGAGUACUGGCGGCAGAAGCUACUAAAGCGCAACGAGGGACUAGAGUUCCCCGAGGAGCUGUGCAGUGUUAUCGCCGCGCUGACGGAAGGCUUCAGCUUCGCGUAUCUGAAGGAGCUCUUCGUUAUGGCGCUGCUAAGUCUCGUACGUGGCUUCCGAGGCGAUGACUUUGAGAUCGUGGAUGCGGCGGAGGCGGACUCUGCGCCGGAAGAUGAGACUCCUGCUGCUGCUGCUGACGGCACUGGCGCCGUGGUGGCCGAGGAAAAGAAAGAAGACACUUGCACUUGCGCGAACAAGUGCGAUAAAUGCGGUAAGCCUGUUGCUGCCUCUGCCACCAAGACCAAAUCCGACAAGAAAGACGCGGAGAAGAACAAGAAGCACGUCGUCCCUGCCGUCGACAUACCAGCGCAUCUGUCAGACAAUCUACUGCUCAAAGUGGUGCGGCACCAGAUCCGGACGCUUGUCGCAGAGAUGGACAACACGGAGCCUGAGAAGUGGAAGAGCGGGAAGAAGGAGAUGAGUGCGAGUGAGGACUAUGCGGCGAGGUAUCGGGUUUUGAUGAAUAGGAGGGCGGCGAGGGGGUGA